AUGAAUGAGGACGAAACACAAAAACUUGUCAAUAUAGUACAGGAAUCUUUAAACAAUGAUCCGAAAACCAUUCGGCUUUAUAUGAUGAGCAUCCGUGAAUUUCCGGUGAAGGUGAUAGAAGUGGCAAAGGAAUAUAAGGUUGAAAGGCUUGGAAUAGAUCAAAAUCAGUUGUCCACCUUACCUGCCGAAAUUUGCAAUUUCACGCACCUCCGAUAUCUCGACAUAUCUCAAAAUGCGUUCAGAUCAUUCCCUGAUGCGCUUUGUCUGAUGCCGAAUUUGGAAAUCCUGGAUGUUAGCAAAAAUAAGAUACGAAAAUUACCCAAGGACUUUGGAAAUUUGAUGUCGUUAAAG